AUGAUGAAUGCACGAAGACCAGAACGUCAAGAUCGUGAACAAGAAUCUUUAACACGUAUAGCCAUUGUUAGUAAUGAUCGUUGUAAACCCAAAAAAUGCAAACAAGAAUGUAAACGUUCAUGCCCCGUAAAUAAAAUGGGAAAAUUGUGUGUCGAAGUAACAUCCGAAUCAAAAAUCUCUAAUAUAUCUGAAGAAUUAUGUAUUGGUUGUGGUAUAUGUGUUAGAAAAUGUCCAUUUGAGGCCAUAGCUAUUAUUAAUUUGCCAAGUAAUUUGGAUAAAGAUACAACACAUCGUUAUGGACCAAAUGCAUUCAAAUUACAUCGUCUACCAACACCACGACCCGGGCAAGUUCUUGGUUUAGUUGGAAUAAAUGGUAUUGGAAAAACAACAGCCUUAAAAAUAUUAGCUGGACAAUUAAAACCAAAUUUAGGAAAAUUUAAUACUCCACCUGAUUGGGAAUAUAUUUUAAAAUUUUUCCGUGGUUCUGAAUUACAAAAUUAUUUUACAAAAAUUCUAGAAGAAAAUCUAAAAGCAAUUCUUAAACCACAAUAUGUUGAUCAAAUUCCAAAAGCUGUCCGAGGAAAUGUACAAGAUAUCCUGAAUAAAAAGGAUGAACUUGGAAAUCAGGAUGCAGUCACAAACGCAUUUGAUCUACACAAUAUAAAAGAUCGGAAUAUAGCGGAUUUAUCUGGUGGUGAAUUACAACGUUUUGCAUGCGCAAUAAUGUGUAUACAAAAAGGCAAUAUCUUCAUGUUUGAUGAACCAUCGAGUUAUCUGGAUGUUAAACAACGUUUAAAAGCAGCGUUGGCGAUUCGAGAUAUGGUCAGCGAAAAUCGAUAUGUUAUUGUUGUUGAACACGAUUUAUCCGUAUUGGAUUAUUUAUCUGAUUUUAUUUGUGUUUUAUAUGGUUCCCCUGGACAUUAUGGUGUUGUGACUAUGCCAUUUUCAGUUCGAGAAGGCAUCAACAUCUUUUUGGACGGUUUUAUUCCCACAGAAAAUUUACGUUUUCGUGAUGUUGCAUUGACAUUUAAAGUUGUUGAAACAGCUGCAGAAGAAGUAGUAAAACGUUUAUGUAACAAUAAUUAUCCGUCUAUGCAAAAAAAAUUGGGUUCAUUUGAAUUAUCAGUAGAUGCUGGAUCAUUUACAGAAUCAGAAAUAGUUGUAUUGUUAGGAGAAAAUGGGACAGGCAUGUCUCUCUUGUUGAUAUUCAACAGUGGAACAUUUUUUUCUUUCUCUGUAGGAAAAACAACUUUAAUACGAAUGUUAGCUGGAAAUCUAGAAUGUGACGGUGAAAUAGAAAUUCCAAAAUUAAAUAUUUCUUAUAAACCACAAAAGAUUAGUCCAAAAUUUACCGGUACUGUACGCGAUUUAUUAAAUUCAAGAAUCCGUGAAGCAAUAUUCCAUCCACAAUUUCAAACCGAUGUUGCUAAACCACUAAACAUUGAUAAUAUUAUAGAUCAGGAGGUACAAAAUCUUUCUGGUGGUGAAUUACAACGUGUUGCUCUUUGUCUUUGUCUUGGAAAACCAGCUGACGUUUAUUUAAUUGAUGAACCAUCGGCCUAUCUUGAUUCAGAGCAACGUUUACAUGCUGCUCGUGUUAUUAAAAGGUUUAUUCUUCAUUGUAAAAAGACUGGUUUUGUUGUCGAGCAUGAUUUUAUUAUGGCCACGUAUUUAGCUGAUCGUGUUAUUGUAUUCGAUGGACAACCAUCUGUUAAAGCACAUGCGUCUAAACCACAAGCGCUUGUUCCUGGUAUGAAUUCAUUUUUGAAACAAUUAGAAAUAACAUUUCGACGCGAUCCAGAAAAUGCACGACCGAGAAUAAAUAAAUUGAAUUCGAUGAAAGCAUUUUGUGCACGUGUAAAUGUAAACGGUAUUCAACGAACAAAAGAUGAUUAUAUUAAAAAUCAAAUAAAAUCAAUCUUUCAUUCGUUGACUUUUGAAGAUCUUUUACUUAAUGUUGAACAGUUAAGAAGUCGAUUAUUACAAUUAGGAUGUUUUAGAGAUGUAGCUGUCGUUAUUGAUCGAGCCAAAGGAUCAAAAGUUCAAAAUAGUUAUGAUAUUACUUAUCUCACUGAAGAAUUUCGUCCAUUAUCGGGUGGCAUCAAUACUGCAGUUGGACAAAAUGAAGGUUCGAUAUGUACAAAUUUUUCAUUACCAAAUUUAUUUGGACGUGGUGAAAAAGUUGGAAUUGACUAUUCAUAUAGUAAUCGUGGAAAUACAGAGGGUAGAUUAAUUUAUUCAAUGCCAACAAAAUUAGAUCCAAACAAACAAUUUUCAAUCUCAGCAUUUCGUAGUCAUUUUGAUAAUACAUGGAGUUCAUUCAAACAAAACGAUCAUGGUAUUAAUGUAUCUUAUAAUAUACCAAUCAUCAAUUUUAAUCAAGCAUAUCAUAGUUUCAGUUGGGAAGGUAUUUGGCGUUCAGUGAUGGCUGCACAUCCAAAUACAUCGCUUGAUGUUCGAAAAGAUGCUGGUCACUCACUGAAAUCAUCGUUAAAAUACUCAGCCACAAUCGAUACUCGUGAUCAUCCAGUUAUUGCUCGUACGGGUUCAUAUACUCAAAAUUCAGUAGAAUUAGCUGGACUUGGUGGUGAUGUUAAUUUUCUAAAAUUAAGUACUCUUAAUCAAUAUAAUUUAUCAUUACCAUUUAAAUCUAUCCUUCAAUUAUGUUUAUCAUCUGGCUAUGUUCGACCACUAGUUAAAAAUCAGAUGAUUAAAAUUAAUGAUAGAUAUUUUCUUGGAGGACCGUUAAAUAUUCGAGGAUUUGAUUAUCAUGGUGCUGGUCCCCAUAGUGAAGGUGCUGCAUUGGGUGGUGACUGUUAUUGGGCAUCCGGUUUACAUCUUUAUACACCAUUACCAUUUUUAUACAAUCGUGAAAAUUUAAUGUCCUAUGUGCGUGUACAUUAUUUUUUGAAUGCUGGAAAUGUUUUGAAUACUCAAAAUUUAUCAUCAACACAGUCAUUUUGGUCACAAUUAACAGCAUCUACACGUUUAUCCUGUGGACUUGGUCUUGUUUUAAACGUUAUGAAUGUGGCUCGUUUAGAAUUAAAUUAUAGCAUACCUUAUUGGACACAAAAGGGAGACAAAGCUAUCAGAGGUUUUCAAUUUGUACCAUUACUUGUAAUUAGUUUAAUCUUCAAUUUUGUUCUCCUUAAAUGGCGAUCACGGAUAAAAUAUGAAAAAAAGAGACAUGUUGAUAGAAGUUUGACAUAUCCACGUCAGUAUCCGUGCGGUUGGUAUCGAAUUUGUGAUAGUGAUGAAGUAAAUAAAGGGCAGGUAAAACAUAUAUGCGCACUUGGUCAAGAAAUGGUUGCAUUUCGAGGAGAAGAUGCUGUAGUAUGUGUUUUGGACGCAUUUUGUGUUCAUAUGGGUGCUAAUCUUGGAUUUGGUGGUACAGUCAUUGGUAAUUGUAUUCAAUGUCCAUUUCAUUUAUGGGAAUUUGGAAAAGAUGGUGUUUGCACAAAAAUUCCGUAUAGUGAUAAAAUUCCUCCAAAUGAAUUUGCCGAAAAUUCAGCGGAUACUCAACAUUUUAGCCCUUUGCACGGUACAAUGAUUAUACCAUGGACAGAAAUUAUGAUUCCAUUUAUUAAACUUAAUCACGUAGCAUCAUUUGCUCUUGGUUAUGAGAAACAUAUUGCAUAUUUUUAUGAUACGGCAAUGUUAAAUAUAUUUGGUGAAAAAUAUCCAAAAACAGAAGUCGCUGCUAAAAUAACAUUUUAUGGUCUUGGAGGAAUUACAUUAUUCCAAUUUGAUGGUGAAUUUGGUCGAUUAUAUUUAUUUCAUUGUCAUACACCCACGGAUUAUACAUGUUUAGAUGUUGAAUUUUUAGCAUUUGUUGAAAAAAAAGUUUCAAAAAUUUUGAGCUGGUACAUUAUUGGAAAUUGGAUUUCACAAUGGAAACGAGAUAUCAUAAUAUGGGAAAAUAAAAUCCAUAAACGAGCACCAUUUCUCGUCAAAACAGACGGUCCAAUAAUGAAAAUGAGACGAUGGUAUAAAGAAUUUUAUGUGCAAAAAGAGGAAGCAUUUGAUUGGUAAUUCUAGAUCAGCUAUAGAAUGACUUUUUUUGUAGAUUAUUAAUUCAAACUAAAAAAAAUUCACAUUGUUUUGUUUACACGUUCUUGUGUAUAAAAAUUGAAGAAAAUUAUUGAUAUUUAGUUAUAGUGGUAUAAUUGAAAAUUGUUGAAAAAUAUUGAAAAAAAAUAUCAUUGUUAAACGUGUAAUAAAAUAAACGGGAAAAAGAAAAUAUUAAAUAUUAAAUAACGCUCUUGAAAGAAGUACCAUGGGCAUAAAUCAUUUUAGAGUUUUAAUUAGAACAUUUUCCUCUAUCAACUGGCAUAAGAUUAUUGAAAAUGGAGUUUGACACCUGGGAAGGUUCUCUCGUAAGGAUAAAAAUGAUUUAAUAUUUACAAUAACAAUCUAAAAGAAACGUCUUAAAAUAAGAUGCAUAAGUUGGUUGCGAAUUGUGAAUGCCAUCAUCUUAUUCUAGCCAUCUCUAGAAUCUCGACAGGAGUAGUAUAAUCUUGGUGAGUGGGAUCAUAACACUACUUAAAAGAGUAUUGAUUUUGUGUUUUGAUAGUUUAAGUUUCAGAAUGAUAUAAUGGGAAUUUAUAUUCUCGAUUUCGUUCUGGUUCAAGAUUAAAGCUUAAACCAAGAGUAUUAAGCUCCCUUAGUGACUAAAAAUUAAAUGUAAACAAACUUACGAGGGAACCUCACUAACUGAUACCCUCCGGGUGAGCUCAUACUUUGCUCAUAGGUAGGACUCAUAGUGUAGAUAAAAACUCUAAAAGGAUUCAUCCCCUUGACUCUUGAAGACCUGGUUUUCUGAAAAAACAGUUUUUCAGAAACUCUAAAAAAUAAC